GCCGGUGCCGCGCGGCAGCCGCCCACCCGAGCCCGGGGCGGGGGCGGGCCGCUGGCUGCUCCGGGUGCCCUCCCCGGCCCGUGGGUCGCCAGGGGAGCCCCGCGCGGGGCGGGCGGCGGGCGGCGGGCGGGAGUGGGCGUGCCCGCCGAGCUCCCCCGGGACCGGCCGCCGGGGGGGAGGAGCCGGCGCUGGAGCCGCGGGAGGCGCCGGAGGCGCGGGGCGCCGGCACCCGGGCCUUCGGGCUGUGCGUCUGUGCGCGCCUGGUGCCCGGAGCCCGGAGCCUCCGCGAGGGCUUUGCAGGACCUAGAGCCCCGGAAAGUCACCCGGGCACCAGCUGUCGGGCGCCUCUUGCCCGCUCGUCCCACCCUCCUGCCCGGCCAGCCUCUGCAGCCACGCUGCUGACCCUGGUGACCUGGCGACCUAGGACGGCGACCGGGACACCGCAGAGCCCCUCGCCCCACCGCCAGGUUUGAGUUUCUCCAGAGAGCCGAGCCUCUGCUGGAAGGAAGAGGGGAGCGAGACCCCACAAGACGCUCCUACGCACGUCCCAGGAUUAAGAACCUACUUAUGAAGCAUCUUAUUUCGUGACCGAAGCUUCGUGGUCAGUGAGACGUAAAUGGCCCGACUGCCCCCCGGCAUUCGCUUCCUUGUCUUGUUCUCCAGGGAUCAGUGGUACAGAGCCUUCAUUUUUAUUUUGACGUUUUUGCUGUAUGCAAGUUUUCACUUAUCUCGAAAGCCUAUCAGCAUAGUUAAGGGUGAGCUGCACAGCUACUGCACGGCUUCGAAUGAGGACGAAGUCAGAUUCGACAGCCAGAGCCAAAAAGCUGGGGACGCGCCAGCUCACCAGCUCCCAGGCAACGGGACCAACUGCGGCUGGGCCCCGUUUGAUCAGGACAACUACCAGCAGCUGCUCGGGGCCCUGGACUACUCCUUCCUGUGCGCGUACGCCGUCGGCAUGUACCUGAGUGGCAUAAUAGGGGAACGCCUGCCAAUUAGGUAUUACCUGACUUGCGGAAUGCUGGCCAGUGGUGCUUUUACUGCCCUCUUUGGGGCAGGGUACUUCUACAACAUCCACAGUUUUGGAUUCUACAUGGUAACUCAGAUCGUCAACGGACUGGUGCAGACCACCGGCUGGCCCAGCGUCGUCACCUGCCUCGGGAACUGGUUUGGAAAAGGGAGGCGAGGUUUGAUCAUGGGGGUCUGGAACUCCCACACCUCUGUGGGCAACAUUCUGGGGUCCUUGAUCGCCGGCUACUGGGUGUCCACGUGCUGGGGCCUGUCCUUCGUCGUGCCGGGGGCCAUCGUGGCAGCCAUGGGGAUAGUGUGCUUUCUCUUUCUCAUCGAACAUCCGAAGGACAUCGCCUGCUCUUCCUCCCCGGCCACGCAUCCGAGAGGCUACGAAAACGGCACGCACAGAUUCCGGCUGCAGAAGCAAGUCCUCACCGAGGAGAGGAGCAAGCCUCUGGACCCGGAGAUGCAGUGCUUACUGCUGUCGGAUGGCAAGCGCUCCGGCCACCAGAACCACGUGGUCAUCCUCCCCGCAGACGGCGGGGGCGGCAUGGCGGCCAUCAGCUUCACAGGCGCCUUGAAGAUUCCCGGCGUGAUAGAGUUCUCUCUGUGUCUGCUGUUUGCAAAGUUGGUCAGCUAUACCUUCCUCUUCUGGCUCCCACUGUACAUCACGAAUGUAGAUCACCUUGAUGUCAGGAAGGCUGGGGAGCUCUCCACCUUGUUUGAUGUGGGCGGGAUCUUCGGUGGGAUCCUGGCAGGUGUGAUCUCGGACCGGCUGGAGAAGAGGGCCUCUACCUGCGGCCUGAUGCUGCUGCUCGCGGCCCCGACGCUCUACGUGUUCUCCACCAUCAGCAAGAUGGGUCUAGAAGCCACCAUCGCCAUGCUGCUCCUCAGCGGGGCCCUGGUCAGCGGGCCGUACGCGCUGAUCACGACCGCCGUCUCCGCCGACCUGGGGACUCAUAAGAGCCUGAAGGGAAACUCCCACGCGCUGGCCACCGUGACCGCCAUCAUCGACGGAACUGGGUCUGUAGGAGCAGCGCUGGGCCCGCUGCUGGCCGGGCUCCUCUCGCCGUCAGGGUGGAACAACGUGUUCUACAUGCUGAUGUUUGCAGAUGCCUGUGCCUUACUGUUCCUGAUCCGCCUCAUACACAAGGAGCUGAGCUGCCCCGGGUCGGCCACAGGAAGCCAAGUCCCGUUUAAGGAGCACUGACCCCUCGAGUCCCGUGGAGGGAGGCUGGGCCCGUCCUUCACAGACUGUCUUUCAAGGAAAAGUUCAAAUAAAGGAUCCUGUGUUGAAAAGAGUGAUUUUACCCUUGCCUUUUGCACAUCUGCCUGGAAAAGGCACCCACGCCGCCUAGAGAAUUCCUGGUACUACGUCAGCCGGGCCGCGGGGCUCGGGCCGCGGUGGGGCAGCUCACGGCCAGUGCUGGCUGCCGCCCGCUGAGCCCCACGCGCGGGCACCUCCGGGGCGCUGGGCGGCCGCUCCUCGUCCUCAGUGACAGCGGCCGGGACCGGUGCGCGGCGCCCAGGUGAGCCUCGGUCUCUCUCAGGUAUUUCAGCUCGGGCUGUCGGAGCCGGUGAAGCUCUGAUGACAGGGACGUGCCGGGGAUGGUCGGGACGCUGCAGGUGGUGGGGGUGCAGGCAGCAGAGGAGCCACGGCAAGGACAGAGCUGACACCUGCGUCACAAGCAAGACGGAGCCCAGACCCAUCGCAUCCCCCGCGAGAUGUCCCGGCACUUCCUGCUGCUCUGACCCACCCGGAGACGGUCCAGGGUGGACUGCGGUGAAGCAUCCCAGCCUGCGGACGGAACCCAGGAACCCCAGGGGUUCCUCUCACCCGAGUCCCUGGCCCUGUGCGGGGUCGCGGGCAGGAUGCGCCAGGGCCGGGCCCGGGGCUGGGAGUGGCAGGUCCCCAGCCCCGCCUCUGUCUCCCACGCCACGGCGCACAGACCUGGGCCGGUCCUUGGAGACGCAGCCCUGGAGCGGAUUUAUUUAUUGAAACGCGUGACGCGUCACAGGAGCUUAGGGGACACACGUGGCCUCUUGUUAUUUAUUAAGACAAACUCCGCUUGUUCUCUGGUCACUUGUUUCCUCCGUUGCUGCCUCUCGAUUGUUGUCCU